AUGGAUCGCCGUAUGAGCGAGGACACAAUCCAAAAUGUUCCAACGCACAAUAGCCUCAAGGGACGACCUAGCUAUCCUCUGGGCCAAGAUGAAGCGACCACUGCGCCUUUAACGCCGGCAGAGCAACUAGUCGCAAACAAACUCAGGCGCAAGAUUGAUAUCAGGAUUCUACCCGUGGUAUUCGUCGUUUAUAUCAUGAACUUUGUUGAUCGUACGAACUAUGCGUCUGCGAGGCUCCAGGGUCUCGAGGAGGAUCUUUCUUUGACAGAGACUGAAUAUCAAGCAGGGCUCUCGGCGUUCUAUGUUGGAUACAUGAUUGGGCAAGUUCCUUCAAACAUGACACUUGCCUGGUUUGGACGGCCGUCUAUGCAUAUGGCGAUAGUCACUUGCGCCUGGGGCACCGUUUCGGCACUCACGGCCUUAGUUCGUGGGUUUUCGGGUCUCCUAGCUUGUCGACUUGUUCUUGGUUUUGUUGAGGCGCCUUUCUUCCCUGGUGUUAUGUUUGCCUUGUCCAAAUGGUAUACUCGGGAUGAGCUGGCAUUUAGGAUGGCGAUUUUCUUUUCAGGGAACCUAUUUGCUGGAGCCUUUGGCCAUCUCUUGGCUGCAGGUAUCCUCGGCGGGAUCGGCCACGCCCUCGGGCUAACCCCCUGGCAAUGGCUUUACAUUAUCGAGGGCGCAAUUACAGUGACUCUCGGACUAGCACUGUACUUUGUUCUCCCGGAUUUCCCCGAGACUUGGAAAUCAUUGUCCCAGGAGGAGUAUGAGGUUGCUACACGUCGUCUGGCUGCAGAGGCCACCGAGGCCGACGUUGACAAGGCAGGCUUCGGGGCACAGAUAAAGGGUCUCAAACUAGCCCUCACAGACGUGAAGACCUACCUUUUCGCAGUUGCCCAGAUGUUGGUUCUUGCAUGUGGAGGAUUACUGAACUAUUUCCCCUCAAUCACUGCCACGCUCGGGUAUAGCCACUUCACUACGCUUCUCCUUUGCGCGCCACCACACAUAUUUGCUAUUGUGUGGAUUUUGAUACACGCGUGGCUAUCUGACAAGCUGAAGACACGGUUCUGGUUCUUCAUCUAUCCCGCACCUUUGAUCAUCGUAAGUUUCGUUCUCCUUUUGACGACGAACAGCGUUGGACCUAGGUAUUUCAGCCUAUUCCUCGUACAAGGCCAAAACCUCAUGGGGUCAACGACAUUUGCGUGGAUAUCAUCGUCUAUUCCCCGGCCUCCAGCGAAAAGAGCGGCCGCCAUAGCAAUUGUGAACAGCUGUGCCAGCUUGGCGAGCGUUUGGACCCCGUUCAUAUACUUCGGGCCCAAGUAUGAACUUGCGAUGGAGGUGAACAUUGGAUUGGCCGUCCUAGCAAGUAUUCUGGCCGUUGCCCUUCGUUUUGUUCUUGUUAAGAGCAACGAAGAGCUAGCUAGAAUCGAGGAUACCAACAUUGCACUUUCGGAAAAGGAUCUUGCCAAGGUCCAGAAGAUCGCCGGCGUUGAGGGCGUCAGUAUUGAUACUGCUAGAAAGAUGCACAAGGGCUUCCGAUACAUUAUCUAA